AUGAGCUUCGAGCGAGGUCGUGCCAUCGACACGAGCACCUUGGACGAGGAAGGCCUCCGACAAUUCGAACGCGAGAAGCGACGGGUGUCUGCCUACAAGACGGCCCUCUGCUCCACGUUCAUGUCUACCGGGCAUUGCAUGUUUGGCCGUGACUGCACAUUUGCUCAUGCCCAACACGAGCUGCGCGUUUCCGAGCCUCGCGGGCGUCGCCAUCCAAAGUACAAGACGACACUCUGCGACAAGUUCUCGGCGACGGGCUACUGCAAGUAUGCCGAGCGCUGUCAGUUCAUCCACGAGCUCCGCAACCAGCGCAUCAUCGAGGCGAGGAGGCGCAACGGGCUGGCGCAAAAUGCGAACAUCCGCCCGGGAGACUCUCUCGUCACGCCGGUGCCGCUGAUGGACUUGAGUCGGCAUUCCUUCAGGCGAGAGCCCUUCGCCCCACAGCGCCAGAGCAGCUUUCCCCGAGUUCCGGCGCGCAUCGACCUGAAUGAAACCUGGGCCGGGCCGGAGACAGAAAAUAGUUGGACCUACACGCCCAAUCGGCAGCAGCCGAUUCAAAACGACGAAAAUCGCUUCCGAGUGCAGCGUGAACGCAUAUGGGCGUGGAAUGCGGGUGAGAUGUCCAAUUCGAGCACCACCACUUACAACUCGAUUCUCUCUGCCGAUGGGCGCCCAUCCGCUCAUCUCGACCCGUUUGGCGGUGUCGUUGACGAGAAAGACAAAUUGAACUGGAGUAUGCCGCUGCCGCCACCCGCCGAUUUCAACCCGAUGGGCUCCAGACGUCCUCCGCUCCAGCCAUUUUACGACCACCACCCCGAUCUCCAC